AUGUGGUCGCCCAGCCAAAUUACUCGGACUGGUUCCAGCCAUUCCGUUGCACUGUCAAUAGGAUCAAUAGCGUCGUCCACGUCCAGUCAAAAUUCGCUGUACUUGCCGCAUCCCACGUCGACCCCUGACACAAACUAUAGCGACCGCGACAAUGACGAUGAAAGCAUCCUGUCCGCCUACCAAGAGGAGAAACCACAGCCUCAAUCUCCGCAGCAGCUUCGACCCGUGGCCUUCAACCUCGAUGAGAUGCCACUUUGGAACCCCCGGAAAAGGACCCUUACCUUGAAUUCCAGGGAGCAUUUCAUGGUGGCGGCAAAGCAGCACGACGCUGUCCACCAGACACUGGAGAUGCAGAGAAAGCGAAGCGAGUCAGUUACGUCGGUUGAUACCCAUGCCACCCUCGCCGAAGAGGAAGACGUCCAUGACGUGGAAAUGGACCUGAAGACCCCGACUGUGGCUCGGCACCGACUCCCCACGGAAGAGGUCCGCAGUGUCGACACAGUGGGACCCAUGUCCCACUUGCUACACUCCCUUCUCCUCCGCGUCGUCGAUGUCGAACGUGCUCAGGCCACUGUCAUGGCCGACGACUACGCUGCGCUGCAAAAGCGCGUGGCGGAGCUGGAACGAGAAAAUCAAAUGAUUCUCAAAUCCCACAACGACCUCCUCGCCCUCCGCAACGACGAUCUCAUGAAUCUGAUCAAAGUCCGCGACCUGCUCGCCGAGGAAAGGCGUGAACACGCCGCCAUCCGCAAACUCCGCGACGACGACCUCGAAAACGUGCUCGCGUUACGGGAGAAAUUGGCCAAAGCCACUUGGUCCGGAAAAAUGCAGAUCGCGACCUCGCCGCCUCAGGAGAAGCGGUCAUUCAUGGGCGGGGGCGCGAUGACACCGAUCCUGCCACACCGGAUUUCGAGACCUGACUCGGAUGACCUGUGGCAGCAGGCCAAGACGGCGGCGAUGGAGCAGCGAGUCUUGGAGCUGGAGAAGGCGAAUGCUAGUUUGAGAGCUGCUCAGUCCGCUGCCACCAUGAAAGCCCCAGAGAGCGUUGAAAUGAUGAGUCGCAUGGAGAAUAUGUUCGAGGACAGCCUAAGACAAAGGGAGAGGAUGGCGACCAGAGUGCAGCAGCUCAGAUCGGAAAAAGAUGGACUUCAGAAGGAGCUUGCAAAUUUAGAAGACCGGAAUAGUGAGUUAGAAGCGCUGGUCGAAAGGUUGAAGAGAAGUGUGCAAGUGGAUAUUGGACAAUGA